AUGCACAACCAGCUAGCAUGGGACCCCCUAUUCUAUCGGGAACUUUUCGAACCGGCGCAGGUGGGCAUCAGCACGCACACCAUCAUUGAGGCCACCGCAGGUGGCACUGACGCUGGCGGUCCGCCUUGCGGCCCGUGCAGAACUGUUAGUGGCGAGGCCUCGACACAGGACCUGGAUCUUGCAACACGAUACGGACCUGGUCCUGGUAGUGAAAACGCGCUGAUCGCACUGUACCACUACUGUGUCGAGCGCCACACCCCUCAGGUCCGUGUUUUGCCCAGACGUUUCGAGCCACCGCCACCAACCUCGUCCGGGCCGGCAACCUUUUGCGACGUCAUUCCUCAAUGGGACGUUCUGAAGGAAGACGAAACGUCUUCCACUUCGCACCCUCAAGACCCAUCCCACUCUCACUCUCUCUCAUCCAAACGUCUUCCUACAAUGAAGACUGUCUCGUUCGUCUCCAGCGCCCUGGCCGUGCUCGCGCACACCGCCUCUGCCGUUAGCGUCUACGGUUCCGCCGAGGGCUUCGCCAAGGGCGUCACUGGUGGUGGUUCCGCCACGGCCGUGUACCCCUCCACCACCUCGGAGCUUGUCAGCUACCUCGGUGACUCGUCUGCCCGCGUCAUUGUCCUCACCAAGACCUUCGACUUCACCGGCACUGAGGGCACCACCACCGCCACUGGCUGUGCUCCCUGGGGCACUGGCUCGGCGUGCCAGGAGGCUAUCAACGCCAACAGCUGGUGCGACAACUACGAGUCCAGCUCGCCUUCGGUCUCGGUCACUUACGACAAUGCCGGUACCCUCGGUAUCACUGUCAAGUCGAACAAGUCGCUUAUCGGUGUCGGCACCACGGGUGUCAUCAAGGGCAAGGGUCUCCGCAUGGUUUCCGGCGUCAGCAACAUUAUCAUCCAGAACAUCUGGAUCACCGACAUCAACCCCAAGUACGUCUGGGGCGGUGAUGCCAUCACCCUUGACGGCACCGACAUGAUCUGGAUCGACCGCGUCACCACCUCGCUCAUUGGUCGCCAGCACAUCGUCCUCGGCAACUCUGCUAGUGGCCGCGUGACCAUCUCCAACAGCAAGAUCAACGGUGUUACCAGCUACUCGGCCUACUGCGACGGCUACGCUUACUGGGGCCUGUACUUCACUGGCUCGCAGGACACCGUCACCCUCAAGGGCAACCUCAUCUACCACACCAACGGCCGUUCGCCCAAGGUCGGCGGCAACACCCUCCUCCACGCCGUCAACAACUACUGGUACGACAACGACGGCCACGCCUUUGAGAUCGGAUCGGGCGCCAUGGUCCUCGUCGAGGGCAGCGUCUUCCAGAACGUCGUCACCCCCGCCGAGUCGCCCAUCUCGGGUAAGCUCCUCGCCGGCGCCAGCAGCGCGUGCACCACCUACCUCGGCCGCGCCUGUGUUGCCAACGCCUUCGGCUCGUCGGGCACCCUUACCGGCACCGACACCGACUUCCUCUCGAACUUCUCGGGCAAGAACAUCGCCUCGGCCACCACUGCCGAUGUCGCCAAGGCCGUCAUCAGCACCGCUGGCUACGGUCUGAUCUAA